AUGCUUGUUAUCUCCCCUUUGUUUAUUCAAAAUGGCCCGCAUUUUGUUUUCUCCCCUCAUUUCGGUUUGAGGCUAGCACUAAAUCCCGAGGAUGGAUUCAAACAAAAGUCCUCGCCUUUUGGAAAUUACUCGCGCACAAAGAGUCCCGCUUUAACGAUAGCUCACAGGGAGCGUCAAAUCAAUCCUAAUUACAGGAAGCCAGAUUAUAUUCAUUCUGUUCCAAUAUCUAACGAGGCUCCUUUGGAUGAGAUAGAUAAGAGAAUAGAGGCAUUGGUUGCAGAGUUCAAAAUGCUCUUUAAUUCGAUGGAAGAUGGGGAAAUAAGUCCCUCUGCAUAUGAUACUGUGUGGGUAGCGAGAGUUCCUGCCAUUAAUGUCUCCGGUGCACCCCAGUUUCCCCAAAUGGUGGACUGGAUUCCUCAGAAUCAGUUACUGGACGGUUCCUGGGGAGAGAAGAGUCGUUUUUUGUCGUGUGGUAGACUACUCAACACUCUUGCCUGCGUAGUUACUCUAACUAUCUGGAGCGUUGGUAACGAUCAAGUGAACAAAGGUCUUUAUUUCUUAAGGACAAAUACAGAAGUUAUGAUUAGAGAAGCACUUGGUCAUCAUCAAUCCAAGGGAUUCGAAAUGGUCUUUCCUGCACUAAUGAAUGAAGCCAAACUUUUGGGUUUGGAUCUUGCUUAUGAGCUGUCUAUCAUAAAGCAUAUAAUCGGAAAGCGGAACUCCGAAUUGAGAAAAUAAUCUGUUGAAGAGCUACACAGCCAUCCCUCAAAAAUGUUCCAGUGUCUGGAAGGGAUACAAGAAAUAGUCGAUUGGAAAAGUGAGAAGAAUUAUCUACGAUAUUUGAGGAACCUUGUUACAAAGUUUGGAGACGAUGGUAAUUCAUGUAUUUCAUACUCGCAAGCACUAUUGAUUGAAUAUUGGAUUCUAACACUCAAAUGUUCACUAGAUUGUAUUUAAUACUCGUAAGCGUUUGAGAGCGAUAGAUAUGUUAGCGCACAGAGAAAAGUUUACAAGAUAGUGUUGAAUUUCUUGGGCUUGAACGCCAUUUCGAAACGGAGAUUAAACAAGCCAUGGAUUAUGUGUUCGAGUGAGUAAUAGUAUCUCCAUUGUUGUGAUUUUUAAAAUAUAAGUCAAGAUUAUUUUGACUUCUCACUUUGGAAACGUAUGGUAGGUACUGGGGCGAAAGAGGCGUUAGAGAUAUUGAUCUCACUUAUGGUAGGUACUGGGGCUUCAGGCUUCUCAGGAUUUUCGGCUACGGUGUAUCUUGUGUUAUACACAUGAUUUGGAUGAGCACUCAUUCAAAUCUUAAUCGAGUGUUUAAUUUCCAGAAUUAUCCGAUCUUUCUUAAUCUCUAAUAAUUUCAAAUGGCAGACGUUCUGCAAAACAUGAAAGGCGAGGCUGACGAGAUUUGUAAGCUGUCUGGUGUUGAAAAUGGCGCAGGAAUAACCGCUAUAUUGAACCUGUAUAGAUGCUCAUAGCUUAAUUUCCCAGGCAAAAAUGUAAUGAGAGAUAUAGGAGCAUUUAGAAAAGAUUCUUCCUGAUAGCAUUCUCGAGAAGCUUGACUUUUGAGGCGACUUUCUCACAGGAUGUCGUGUGUCUCACAGGAUGUCGUGUGAACGAUUUUAGAACUUUCCAGGUGAGCCUCACUUUGCCUCCCUUCAUUUGAACACAUUCUAAACACGCUUGACAAUGUUAUUUAGGGCGAAGUAGAUCACGGGGAGUUGGCUUCCUUCGUACAACGUUACAUUAAUGACCAUCCUGGAUGCACUGAAUUAUCUGGAAGGGUUGAACGAAGAGGCCCUUGUUAGUUUAAAAUAAAUAAACAGAGAAGAACAUGAGAUAAACACAAAAUAGUAGAAAAGAAAAUCUUCAAACAACGAAUACUUCAAACCCUCUUUUUUUUCAGCCGAAGUCUCCUCCUUUUUCCAGCCAUCCCACCAAUGAAUAUGGCAUUUUGUUUUAAGUUUUGCUUGCACAAUUUUACUCUCCACCGAGUCUAAAUUUGCAAGAAAAUUUUUGAUGACUGAAUCAAUGUCUUCAUAUUUUGGCUGCCUUUUAGCCUUCUCGAGAAACCAACAAUUUCUUUUGACGUGGCCUCGCUUGCCACAAUACCAGCAACUAAUUUCUCUAACUUCGAACUUUUGCAUCUUCUCGAGAAUUUUCAAUCCUUUAUCUAUCUACCUUUCCGUCUCUACUCAAUCACUUCACCUAAGCUCUGAUACCAAUUGUUAGUUUAAAUUAAGCAGACAAGAAAAGAUAUGAGACACAAGAUUCAACGUGGUUCACCACUAAGUGGCUACAUCUACGAGAAACGCAGGGAGAAUUCUUAUUAACCAAUAUCCAAUUACACAGUACAUCAUGUAUGGGUUGCACACAGCCAUUUAUAUAAACAUAUCAAAUAUGAAAUGAAGAGUCUUCUGGGGAAGACAAAUAGCCACGUGACUGUUGGGCUUCAUAUACCCAACAACCCUUACUAAAUUGAUCUACCACUUUCUAAUGCAUAUAGACAUAGCCAAGCGUUACAGAACAUUUAUUUUCAACACGGCCAAGGUAAUGAAAGUGAUUUACAGGAAAGAAGACAACUUUCUAAAUGUUGCCGAAGACCUGGAAGAUUCCAUUAAAAAGUCUCUUUACGAACCACUAGUGUAAUAGAUUACAGUAAUGAGUUCUUCAAAUUCUAGCUUACCCUAUAGCAUAAAAUGCUUAUUCAAUCGGUUCAUAGAACUUUGUGCGAAUAUGAUGGGCAUUAUAUUUGGGUAUGGUAGGUGGCGAAAAAACAUAGCCCUAUUUUGCCACUUCUUUGAGGUAACAAUGUAUUUGUGAAUUUUAUAUUUGUAAUGGUCACAAUUAUGUAGCAUAUCUUUUUUAUCUUAUUCUUUUGAGUUCACUUUCACUAAAGUGCAUUAUUUUAUUAAAAAUAA